ACAACAAAUGUUGUUUAUUAGUUGAGUAGCUUUAAAAAAUCUUGUUAAAUCAAACGAAAUGAUGUCGACAAAUUCAUUAAAGCUGCACUACAUAGUAAUGUAGUACCAAAGUUGUAGUGGAAAAGCAUCGUAUACUUUAAUUUUUAUGAUCUAUACCACACACUCAUCCAUCACAUUAUCAUAUCAUCUCAAUAAUUCAAAUAUAGAGUCAUAAAAAAAUUAUGUUUGUAAAUUUCAACCACACACAACAUGCCACCUUAUCAAUUGUAUAUGAAACUUUAGCAAUCAACCACACAUUUCAUCUUACCUUAUCGUCUUUAUUAACCGUUCAUUUGCAACUUGCAAUUCCAAUUCAACACACAUUGAAGUAACUCAUUGCAAGCCAAAAAAUAGGCUUUCUCCUCAGAGACAUUUGAUUAUUUGUAUAGAUUUUCAAAGAACAUGGAGACUGUUCUUUCCAAACACUCACCACCUUCUGCCUUCAAGGGUUUGAGCAAGGAGGAGGAAGAAUCAUUGCUUGGACAAAUUGAAAUAUGGAAGUACAUGACACAAUUCACUGACUCAUUUGCUCUCAAAAGUGUUGUGGAACUCCGCAUAGCUGACAUAAUAGACCGCUAUGGUAAACCACUAUCCUUGACACAAAUAGUUCAGAAUCUCGACGAUGCACCUUCCCCUGAUAGCACUCUGCUCCUAAGAAUAAUGCGAGUUAUGGUUCGGAGAAAGAUAUUCAGCUCUGAAAAAUCUGAAACCGGAGAAACUCUUUAUGGUUUAACUAGAGCAUCAAAAUGGAUCCUACAAGACACAAAAAUGACAUUGGCACCAAUGUUGUUGCUUGAGAAUCAUCCAUUUCAUUUGAACCCUGCUAACUUUAUUAGUGACAUUAUAAGAGAAGGGACAAAAAAUGGAACAGCUUUUUUUAGGUGUCAUGGUCAUGAACAAUUUGAAAUGACGGGUUUGGACCCAAAAUAUAAUGAAUUGUUUAAUCAAGGUAUGGUUUGUACGGCUAGAAUUGUUUCAAGGGCUGUUAUUGCUGGAUAUAAAGAUGGAUUUAAUCAAAUUCAAUCUUUGGUUGAUGUUGGAGGUGGAAUUGGUGGAUCUCUUUCUGAAAUUGUUAGAGCUUACCCUCAUAUUCAAGGUAUUAACUUUGAUUUGCCUCAUGUUGUUGAGACAGCACCUAAGUUUGAUGGUAUCACUCAUGUUGGAGGAGACAUGUUUGUUUCUGUUCCUAGUGCUGAUGCUAUUUACAUGAAGUGGAUUCUUCAUGAUUGGAGUGACGAUCAUUGCAUAAAGAUUUUGAAGAAUUGCAGAAAAGCAAUUCCAGAAAAAACAGGAAAAGUCAUAAUUGUGGACCAUGUUUUAGACCCAGAAGGUGAUGAACCAUUUACUGACACAGGAAUCGCGUUUGACAUGAUGCUUCUUGCACACAAUGCUGGUGGUAAAGAAAGAACUGAAGAGAAUUGGAAAUAUCUCUUUAAAGAGACAGGAUUCCCUCGUUACAACAUCAUCAAAAUCAAUGCUCUGCCAUCAAUUAUUGAGGCGUUUCCAAUCUAAUAAUCUGAAUUCAUGAGAUGUUACUUUGGUUUUAUGAUAUGGUUUCGUGUUAUGUGUGGCUUUAAUGGGAGUUUUGUUGUUGGUUUAUGCUAGACAAGUGUUCCUUUUUGUAUGAUAAUUUGAAUAAACAUUGUUGGUGGGUCACUCUAAUUAAGCUAUGAUUCGUGAAUGGGAUUUUGGUUCCAUCAGGUCAGACAGCAGAGUCUUGUGUUGUGUGAGUGUUGAGAAUGUAGUACUAUUGUUAAUCAGUUUCAUGAAUUAUUAAUUAAUUGGUGUGAAA